CUGAAUUCGUGUACAGUAGUUCCAAGAGCGAUUCACAAAGAUUCGCACGCAACUCGUGUUCCUAGGAGUUGGGUAUGGAGGAGUGAAUAUUGAACCAGUUUUCUGGUAAAAACUGGUUCGAAAAGUUUCUUGGGGAAUCAAAAGAAGCGAAUCAGCUAAAGCAAAAACAACGACUAAAUAAGUGAUUUCCUGAUAUCACAUCACUGAAACCACAAGAGAUGAAAACUUACUUCUGGUGUUCACUCCUGGUGGUGCAGGCGUUUGUGUUCAUGCUGUUGGUUGUGAUCUUCUUCUUCAGCCACACACCUUCAACCACCACUCUGCCUCCGAUCCACAUCCCUCUAUGGCAGGUUCAGGAGCUGUUAAGAUACCAAGGGCGACCCCUCAAGAUUGGCAGCAGUGGCCAGUUAGAGGUUCUCCCAGACCGCCCUGAAGGAGGUACCACGUCCGAUGACCCCAAAGUUAUUGUUGAUGACGAAGCCAGUGAUUUUGUCAUUAAAGGAGGUGACGUGAUCAGUCCUCGUGAUGGUGAGGGAGGUGAUGUUAUCAGUCCUAGUGACAGUAAGGGAGGUGACAUGAUCAGUCCUCGUGACAGUGGAGGAGGUGAUGUGAACACUGGUCAUGACGAUGGAAAUGAUGCAAAUACUGUUCAAGGUGACGAGGAAGUAAACACCAACAUUGAUCAUGACAACGAGGAAGAACAGGUAAUCAGUGUUUAUGACAACUUAGGUGGUGACAGGAGUAAGUACAGUACAAUGAAAUAUUGGUGGUGAGAUACUGAAUAUGAAGAUUAGAGACGAAAUGAGUGGUGAUUGAGGUGGUUAGGUGAGUGGUGACUGAAGGUGGCAAGGAAAGUGGUGACAGGUAGUGAGGUGAGUAGUAACUGAGGUGGUAAAAGGGAUGACUGAGAUGGUGAGGUAAGUGGUGACUGAAGGUGGCAAGGUAAGUUUUUUUUUUUACGGGGAUUAGCCCACCCGAGCGCAGGUCACUGACCCACAUUAGGGC